AUGGAAAAUAAGCCAAUCAAAAUUUUUGGAAUGAGUAUAAACAUUUUAAUCUCUACUUUUCUUGCUCUUACAGAAUGUUAUAUUAAUAAAAUUUCAGAUUCAAUCAUUAUGGAUAUUGUUUUAAUUAUCUGUGGAACUUUUUUCUCCUGGAUUUUUAUCACUUAAAAAUUAGGAUGGAAGUAGGGUAAAAACUUAAAUAUGACUUUAGGAGAUAUAUCGCCUUUUUUUUUUUGGACUUUGGCCAUAAAGAGAAUUAUUCUUGUUGGAAUUUACAGAAGCGAGUUUAUUUAUUUUUUAUUUGGGUUCCUACAUGGAAUCUACUCAAGUAAAUUAGAAAUUAAAGAUAAAAAGAGGUAUUAUUUGAAAGCUAAAACUACUUUUCAAGUUUUACUGACUAUGGUUUUAAUCAUUUUUAACUUUCUAACUAAUACUAUUCAACAUCAAAUAGUUUUAAUCAUCUUUUAUAUUAUUCUAUUUUUUCUAAUAGGAAUUUAUGAAAAUAUAGAAAUUUAUACAAAUGAUUUAAAAUAAGAAGAUUGUAUUAUUGAUUAAAGAAAUACUUAAGCAGAAUUAAAAAAAUGCUAAACAAUUAUUUAAUAAUAUUAAUCGACUACAUCACUUUGGGAAUAAUUUAAUAAUCUAACUGAUGAUUGGAUUUGCUAAAUUGAAAUCACCAAUUGUACUUUCCAUCAUUGUUGGGAAAUUAAAGGUUAAAGCUUUGUUUUAUAGAGAUUUUUAAAGGAAAAUAAAGCAAAUAUACGUUAAUUUUUUAACAAUCUUUAUAUUUUUGGUGAAUCAUAAAAUUUAUCGCAAUCCGUAAUAGAUGAAAACAAUACAUUUUUAAAUUGGUUAGAGAAAAAUUAUUUAUAACUAAAUUCUAAUAAUGGAUAAAAUUUUUAGAAAUAAAAAUUAUUUUAAGAUGGAUCAGAUUCCCACUAAUAAUAAUUUUACGAAGAUCAAUAAUCAAUAAUAUCGCCUUAAAAUGAUGGAAGAUUUAUGUUCUAAAAGGAUUAAAUCUUAGAUCAUCCUGCUUUCUCAGCAACUCCUUUAAAUAUGGAAUUAAAAGAAUCCACUCAGAAGACAUUAUUGUAAUGUUAAUUAUGUCUUAAUUAAAUAAAACUUAAUUUAAGUCUUACAAUAUUUUUAGUUGAUGAUGAUCGAUGUACUGAAAAGAAAUAAUAGACAAUUAUUAUCCAUAUGAAAAAUCUUUAAAAAAAUGAAAUUUUAGAAUAAUAAAGACUCAUAUUUUAUAAAUUUGUUAGAAGGAUGGCAAAUCAAUCAGGCUAAAUGCUUAAACAAGUUAUUCUUAUGAAAAAAUCCAUGUAGUUCUAAUUAACGUAUUUAUUAUAAAUUAAGUGAAAGAUAAUUCGAUAAGAUCAAGUCUGUAUCGUUUUGUGAUGAUAAUACAUUCGGUAAAUAAGAAUUUAAGCAAGUUCAUUAAAAUAUUCCAAAUGAAUCACAAAGAUAAAAUACAAAUUAAAAAAUUACUGCUUCUCUUAGCCACAAUCAUGAUAGUUUGGAUGAGAACUUUUAAAAAUUAUCAAUAUGUUAUUUCUAAAAAUUAUAAGAAAAUCUUAAGUAUUUAGAAAAACUAAAUUUCGAUCUAAUAAUAAUGAAAUAAAACAAUUUUAAUUUCUUUGAAAUAUAUAGUAUUCCUUCAUUAGAUAUUGAAUAAUUUAAUAUAUUAACAAGUAUUAAUAUUGUCAAAGAAAUUUUUUAAUAGAAUCCUUUCUUAAGUCAGCACAACAUCAUAAUUUCUUAAGAGAUAAAUAAUGAAGAUUAAUUGAUAAUAUAAUCUGAUAAAAGAAAAAUUAAAUAAAUUUUAAUUAAUAUUAUUAACAAUUCUAUUGAAAAAUUUGAAAAUUCAUAAACUUAAUAAAAUUAAUCAAUCUAAUAAUCAGAUCUAAAACCCUAAAAUAUAAUAACUAUUAAAACAUAAUGUGAUAUUGAUAAGAUUAUUAUAGAAAUCUCAGAUAAUUUUGGUGGUGUAGAUUAAGAAUAGCUUAACAAUAGAUUAAAUGAUUGCAAAUUUGGUUUAUCAACUUGCAAAAAAAUUUUAAGAUAUUUAGCAUAUGAUCCUAAAAAACCUUUGGAAAUUAUAAAUUAUGAAAAAAGCUCUACUGGGGUAAAAGGUACAAUUGUUAAAUUUAUUUUACCAAAAUUAAGAGAUAAUUUUUAACUAUUCGAAGAAAGUAAACAAUCCGAUUCCUUGACAAUUAGUAUAAUAAGAGAGAAAUUUUGA